AUUACAUCCAAAAACUCUUUAAUUUUCUGACUAAUUCCCAUUGCUUACUUGUUUUUUCUAACUUUGCCAGGUUGGAAAUGAUCACACAUUUAAUUGUACCUUAUUUUAAUUAUUUGUUAGAUAUUAUAUGUUUAUUAAUUUAUAUUAUAGUAUCCUUCUUAGAACCAACAUUACUCAUUCCACAACUAAUCCAUAUUAUAUGCUUAUAAAUACAAAUUGUUCAUUCUUCUCUAUUCUCCUUCUCAUAUCAUCAUUCAUAUCAGUGAUGCAGUAAAGGGUGGUCUUAAAAUCUUGUCUUUGCUCCAAUUCAUAUAAUUACCCGCUUCUUAACUCGCCACACACUGACUCACCCAAUGGCUGAACGAGUUCACCCACGCGAUUCACCACCAGUCUCCGAAGAACACGCCGUCGUUAAACCUCAAUCACCACCGUCUGAAAAGCCAGUUCCACCACCAGGAACCUACGUCAUCAAAAUCCCCAAAGAUAUAAUCCACCGCGUCCCUCCACCAGAGAACGCUCGCCGUUACGAACAAUACACUCGCAAGAGCCAGCGCCGGAACCGCCGUUGCUGCUGUUUUUGCUGGUUCAUCGGAAUAAUCUUCAUCCUCAUCGUUCUCCUCGGUAUCACCGCCGGAAUUUUCUACCUCGUUUUCCGUCCUAAAGCACCGAACUACUCAAUCGAAAACAUCAACAUCAGAGGAAUAAACUUAACAUCACCGUCGUCCACGGCGGCGAUCUCGCCGGAGUUUGACGUCACUGUGAAAUCCGAUAACCCUAACAACAAAAUCGGAAUCAGUUAUUUGAAAGAUAGCUCUGCUGAAAUUUUCUAUAAAGACGUUAGGUUAUGUAACGGCGUUUUGCCGGCGUUUUAUCAACCGUCAAAUAACGUGACGGUGUUUAAGACGGUGUUAAAAGGUAACGGUAUAAAGAUGAGAAGUGAGGAUUUAAAAGCGAUGGUAACGGCGCAGAGUAAACGGAAAGUGCCGUUAAUGGUUAAGUUGAGAGCGCCUGUGAAAAUAAAAGCGGGGUUGGUUAAAACGUGGAAGAUUACCGUUAAAGUUGACUGUGAUUUAACGGUGGAUAGAUUAAUGGUGGAUGCUAAGAUUGUUACUAAGGAUUGUAAUUUUAGUGUGGAUCUUUGGUGAUUAAAAUUAUGAAAUGAAAUUCUUUUGAGAUUAUUACAAGAUAUAGGAUGAAUA